AUGAAAAUUAAUACGUUAAUGCGUGUAACCAUAUCCGUGAUUUUUUCUAGUUAUUUAAUGUAUAUUUUAUUAGUCAAUUUAAUCUAUAUAGAGAAAACAGAAUAUAUAUCAGUUACUACAUUAUGGACUAUAUUAAAAAAUGUUGAAGGACGAUAUAAAAGAAAAAUGCUUAGCGAAGAAAUACAAGUUGAGGAAAAUGAUGAAUAUCUUAACUCUUUCAUUAAAUCAAAUUGUGUAUUAUUUUCAGAUAAUUAUUUAAAUAUUAUUGACCCUUCUACAUUUGGCAUUGAAGAGGUAUCAAGAAAGGGAUCAAGUGAUAAUAAACAAGUAACGAAUGAAGAAAGAAACACUCGACAGUGUUGCAAAUCUAUAGGUAGAUUAUGUUCAUAUCAUGAAAAACAUAAAGGGGAUUAUUCACAAAAGGAAACAACUAAGAGCUCUACAGAAACGACAGCGAAUUAUAUAGAAACAACUAAAGGAAAACGUCAAAAAAUAAUUCAAAAGACAAGUAAAGCAAGAAAAGGAAAAAAAGAAUUUCAAGAAGAUGAAGGUACGGUAAAUAGAACAAAUAGGAGCUAUAGAAGUGCAAGUUCAUCAAAUGAAUGUAAGGAAUUAAGAAAUAAAAGAUUUGAAAAAAGGUUACCUAUGCAUACAUACACAACUAGAUAUAAGUUAAAAAUGGAAGAAAAACAUGCAACGAACUUAAUAUCUAAUGAUUCUGAAACGGAACAAUCAGAAAGAAAAGUCAAUGAUCCUAGUGAAAAAAAAGAGCCCGCAAAAUAUGAUGAAACUACCUCCAUUUCAGAUAGUGCUAAUGAAAAUAUAUAUACACCAUCAUUAGUGUCUAACAGUAAUCUGGAUGUAUAUUCAUUUAAUGAAUAUUUUGAAGAAGUAGAUGAAGAUAGUAACUCGGAUACAUCGUGUUCAGAUGUAUGGCAUGCCAGUGAAAGUAAUAAAUCAACGGAUUCAGAAACAGAUACAGCUUCUGAAACAUGGGUACAAAAUAUAAUGACUGAUGAAGUUCAAUAA